AUGGCUGGUAAAUACACUGGCCUUCAAGCCAGAAUUAAAGAAGUCAUUCCGCUUGCUAUUUAUGCUCCUUGCUCAGCACAUUCCCUAAACCUUGUGGGGAUAUCUGCCGUGGAUUGCUGUGAAAAAUCGACAACAUAUUUUAGAUAUCUACAAGAAUUAUAUAACUUUUUCACAGCAUCUACCCAUCGUUGGGAAAUUUUACUAUUUUAUUUAAAAAAGGCCAAGUGUGUAAAAAGUUUGUCUCAAACCCGAUGGUCAGCAAGAUACGAAGCGGGUAAAUCUUUAUAUACUUCUUGGAGUGAAAUUAAAAACGCUUUACAGGCUAUUAUUGACGAUGCCAAUGAAAAACCUGUAACAAAAUUUGACGCUUUGGUUCUUUUGAAACCUUUUAAUACUAUACAAAUGUGCUUUAUGGCUGUUUUUUGGAACGAAGUAUUAGAAAGGUUUCAUAUAGUUAAUAAAAAACUUCAAUCAGUUAAUAUUGAAUUAGGAAUGGUCGUUGAAUUAUAUGGAUCUUUAGAGCAGUAUAUAUAUAGAAUUAGAAAUAAUUCUGAAGAAUAUGAAGUAAAAGCUAUACAAAUAUGCGGUGAAAUACAGUAUAAAAAAGACAAGCGGAGAACUGUUAAAAGAAAACGUCAAUUCGACGAAACAAUUAAUGAAGUGAUAACAGAAACAGGCAAGGAAGAUUUCAGAAUAAAUGUAUUCUUCGUUAUAUUGGAUAAAUUGAAAGCUGAACUUGUAAGACGUGGCAGUUCGUAUAAAGAUUUAUGUGUCAAGUUUGAUUUUCUUACGAAUAUAUGUAGUUUUGACGAGGAAAUUAUUUCUGAAAAAACUAAGGCACUUAUAGAACAAUAUCCUAAUGAUAUUGAAGAAUUAUUUACAAAUGAAUGUCUUCAUUUGCGUGAUCAUAUUUUUUUUAAAUCUCGACACAAAAAAGAAGCGCUCAAGAACUUUGUCAGAUGUUGUAUACAGAAGAAUUAA